GACGGCGUCACGGCGACGGCGCUGCCGCGACCCGGCGACCGUGACGUGAGCCGGCAGGCCGGCCGCCGGCGCGACUCCGGCGCUCCCGCCGCUCCUCCCGCCGGCCGCCGCUCCUCCCGGCUGGCCAGCUCCCGCCAGGCCGCCAGGCGCGCGCCCAUCCGUGGCGGCGGCGCCGCGCCGGCGCCCGCGCGCUUUGGUCUCACCAGAUCGCUAAACCUAGCUUGGGCUCGCCGCCUCCGCCUCCGCCUCCGCCGCGUCGGCGAUGUCGUCGUCGUCGUCCAGGCGGAGGCCCCCGCGGCCGGAGCGGGUCAUGGACAACUGGGAGCGCCUCGUCCGCGCCGCCCUCAAGCACCAGCACCGCGCCCCCUCCGCCACCGCCUCCUCCGCCGCCGGGAUCGGCCUCGCCUCCGCCGUGCCCCCCUCGCUCGGCAAGACCACCAACAUCGAGCACAUCCUGCAGGCUGCCGACGACAUCGAGGAUGACGACCCCAACGUCGCCCGGAUCCUUUGUGAGCAAGCCUACACCAUGGCACAGAAUCUCGAUCCCGACAGCGAUGGCCGGGGUGUUCUUCAGUUCAAGACGGGUUUAGCUUCUGUCAUCAAGCAAAAGCUUGCUAAGAAGGAUGGCGCGCCCAUAGACCGCCAGAAUGACAUCCAAGUCCUCUGGAACUUCUAUCUACAAUACAAGAGUCGCCGUCGGGUUGAUGAUAUGCAGCGUGAGCAGGAGAGGCUCCGCGAAUCGGGAACUUUUAGUACAGACAUGGGAUCUAGGGCUGUCGAGAUGAAAAAGAUCUAUGCUACUUUGAGGGCUUUGCUUGAUGUUCUGGAAAUUCUCAUUGGACAAUCACCAUCCGAUAGACUUGGUAGGCAAAUUCUAGACGAGAUUAGGAGAAUAAAAAGAUCUGAUGCAGCCCUGAGAGGUGAACUUAUGCCAUAUAAUAUUGUACCCCUUGAUGCACCAUCAUCAGUGGCAAAUACUAUUGGUUUUUUCCCGGAGGUCAGGGCUGCAAUAGCUGCAAUUCAAAACUGUGAGGACCUGCCACGAUUUCCUUCUGAUGCACUUCAACUACAGCUAAGACACAAAGAUGUUUUUGACCUUCUGCAAUUCGUAUUUGGCUUCCAGGAAGAUAAUGUUCGCAAUCAGCGUGAGAAUGUUGUGCUUGCCUUAGCCAAUGCCCAAUCCCGGCUCGGCUUGCUUGAUGUGACAGAGCCGAAAAUUGAUGAGAGGGCUGUGACAGAAGUAUUUUUGAAAGUGCUGGACAACUACAUGAAAUGGUGUAGGUACUUGGGCAAGCGUGUUGCAUGGACCAGCCUUGAAGCAGUCAACAAGAACAGAAAAAUCAUAUUGGUUGCUCUGUAUUUUCUUAUUUGGGGUGAAGCUGCAAAUGUCCGUUUUCUUCCAGAAUGCCUAUGCUACAUUUUCCACAAUAUGGCAAAGGAACUUGAUGGGAUUCUUGAUUCAUCUGAAGCUGAACGUGCAAAGAGCUGUACUAUUACUAAUGAUUCUGCUUCGUAUCUGGAGAAAAUAAUUACUCCGAUAUAUCAAACUAUGGAAGCGGAGGCACAGAAUAAUAAUAAUGGGAAAGCUGCACAUUCUGCAUGGCGAAAUUAUGAUGACUUCAAUGAAUAUUUCUGGUCACGCUCCUGCUUUAAUCUUGGUUGGCCACCUGCUGAAGGUUCUAAAUUUUUGCGCAAGCCUGCUAAGAGGAAACGAACUGGAAAGACAAACUUUGUUGAGCAUCGCACUUUUCUGCACUUGUACCGUAGUUUUCAUCGCCUUUGGAUUUUUCUAAUAUUAAUGUUCCAGUGCCUAACUAUUAUAGCUUUUCAUCAUGGGAAGAUAGACAUUGGUACCAUUAAAAUAUUAGUUAGUGCUGGACCAGCAUUUUUCAUACUGAACUUCAUUGAGUGCUGCUUGGAUGUGCUGCUCAUGUUUGGAGCAUAUAAGACAGCUAGAGGUUUUGCCCUAUCAAGAUUAGUCAUCCGGUUCAUUUGGUUGACUGCAGUCUCAACAUUUGUAACCUAUCUUUAUUUGAAAGUCUUGGAUGAGAAAAAUGCAAGAAGCUCUGAUUCAAUUUAUUUCCGGAUUUACGUUCUUGUUCUUGGUGGUUAUGCUGCUGUUCGGCUUGUGUUUGCAUUGAUGGCCAAGAUACCAGCGUGUCACAGGCUCUCCAAUUUUUCUGAUGGGUCACAGUUUUUCCAAUUCUUUAAGUGGAUAUACCAAGAGCGAUAUUAUAUUGGACGAGGACUUUAUGAGAGUAUAGGCGAAUAUACCAGAUACGUUGUGUUUUGGUUGGUUAUACUGGCAUGCAAAUUUACUUUUGCAUAUUUUCUCCAGAUUCGACCUCUAGUCGAUCCUACGAAUGUGAUUGUGACACUCCGUAAUCUGCAUUAUUCCUGGCAUGAUCUUGUAUCAAGUGGGAAUAAAAAUGCUUUGACCAUCCUGAGUCUAUGGGCACCAGUCUUAGCUAUAUACCUGAUGGACAUUCACAUUUGGUACACUCUUUUAUCUGCUCUCGUUGGUGGUGUUAUGGGUGCUAGAGAUCGCCUUGGAGAGAUCCGUUCAAUAGAAAUGCUUCAUAAACGUUUUGAGAGCUUUCCUGAAGCUUUUGCAAAAACCCUUUCCCCACUGAGGAUAUCUAACGGACCAGUUGCUCAGGGUCCAGAAAUUACUAAGAUGCAUGCCUCGAUAUUCUCCCCGUUUUGGAAUGAUAUUAUUAAGAGCUUACGUGAAGAGGACUAUAUCAGCAACAGGGAAAUGGAUUUGCUUAUGAUGCCAAGUAACUGUGGCAAUCUAAGACUUGUACAGUGGCCAUUGUUUCUUCUGACUAGCAAGAUUAUGUUGGCGAAUGACUAUGCUUCAGAUUGUAAAGACUCACAGUAUGAGUUAUGGGACAGAAUAUCAAGAGAUGAAUACAUGGCCUACGCCGUCAAGGAAUGCUAUUUCAGUGCAGAGAGAAUUCUUCACUCUUUAGUUGAUGGUGAAGGGCAGCGUUGGGUUGAAAGGCUUUUUCGGGAUCUGAAUGAAAGUAUAGCACAAGGUUCACUUUUAGUGACCAUAAAUCUCAAGAAGCUGCAAUUAGUCCAGUCGAGGCUUACUGGUUUGACAGGACUUCUGAUACGCGAUGAAACUGCUGAUCGUGCAGCUGGUGUUACAAAAGCUCUCCGUGAGCUUUAUGAGGUUGUUACCCAUGAGUUUCUGGCACCGAACCUGAGGGAACAAUUCGAUACAUGGCAACUACUGUUAAGAGCUAGAAAUGAGGGGCGUCUGUUCUCUAGGAUUUUCUGGCCAAAGGAUCUGGAAAUGAAAGAACAAGUUAAGCGGUUACACCUACUUUUGACUGUUAAAGACUCUGCUGCCAACAUUCCCAAAAAUUUGGAAGCUCAGAGAAGGUUGCAAUUUUUUACGAACUCUCUAUUCAUGGAUAUGCCGGCAGCAAAGCCUGUCUCGGAGAUGAUACCCUUCAGUGUGUUUACCCCAUACUACAGUGAGACAGUGCUUUAUAGCAUGUCUGAGCUAUGUGUUGAGAACGAAGAUGGCAUUUCUAUACUUUUCUAUCUUCAAAAAAUCUAUCCUGAUGAGUGGAACAACUUCUUAGAACGAAUCGGUCGGGGAGAAUCAUCCGAAGAUGAUUUCAAGGAAAGUCCAAGUGACAUGUUAGAACUGCGGUUUUGGGUAUCAUAUCGUGGACAAACUUUGGCAAGGACAGUGCGUGGCAUGAUGUACUACCGAAGGGCCUUGAUGUUGCAGAGUUACCUGGAGAAGAGAUAUCUUGGGGGCAUUGAAGAUGGAUAUUCUGCAGCUGAAUAUAUUGACACUCAAGGUUAUGAGGUGUCUCCAGAUGCACGGGCCCAAGCAGAUCUUAAAUUUACUUAUGUUGUUUCUUGCCAAAUAUAUGGACAGCAGAAGCAAAGGAAAGCACCAGAGGCUGCAGAUAUUGCGCUCUUAAUGCAAAGAAAUGAAGCUCUUCGGGUUGCUUUUAUACACGAGGAGGAUGUGUCAAGCGAUGGCCGUAAAGAGUACUACUCCAAGCUAGUUAAGGCUGAUGUUCAUGGAAAAGAUCAAGAAAUAUACUCCAUUAAACUGCCUGGUAAUCCCAAGCUCGGCGAGGGAAAACCUGAAAAUCAGAACCAUGCUAUUAUAUUCACUCGAGGAGAUGCAAUACAGACAAUUGACAUGAAUCAGGAUAACUACUUAGAGGAAGCAAUGAAAAUGAGGAAUUUACUUGAAGAGUUUCGUGGUAAGCAUGGAAUCCGCCCUCCAACAAUUCUUGGUGUUAGGGAACAUGUGUUCACGGGAAGUGUUUCUUCGCUUGCAUCAUUUAUGUCUAACCAGGAAACAAGUUUUGUUACUUUGGGGCAACGUGUUCUUGCUUACCUCAAGGUUCGAAUGCAUUAUGGACAUCCUGAUGUUUUUGAUCGCAUAUUUCAUAUAACCAGAGGUGGCAUAAGCAAAGCAUCCGGGGUGAUUAAUAUAAGUGAAGAUAUAUAUGCUGGAUUCAAUUCGACUCUGCGCCAGGGAAAUAUCACACACCAUGAAUAUAUCCAGGUUGGGAAAGGACGAGAUGUUGGUUUGAACCAAAUAGCACUUUUCGAAGGGAAAGUAGCCGGUGGUAACGGUGAACAAGUUUUAAGCAGAGAUGUGUACCGUCUGGGGCAGCUGUUUGACUUCUUUAGGAUGCUUACUUUCUUUUUCACCACAGUUGGUUAUUAUGUCUGCACAAUGAUGACCGUUCUAACUGUGUAUAUCUUUUUGUAUGGAAGGGUUUAUCUGGCACUCUCUGGGCUCGACUAUGAAAUAUCUCGUCAAUUUAGGUUUCUGGGAAACACUGCACUCGACGCUGCUUUGAACGCUCAAUUUUUGGUCCAGAUUGGUAUUUUUACUGCAGUACCGAUGAUAAUGGGUUUCAUUUUGGAACUGGGGCUACUGAAGGCUAUUUUCAGUUUUAUUACAAUGCAACUGCAGUUCUGCUCAGUGUUUUUCACAUUCUCUCUUGGAACUAGAACACAUUAUUUUGGGAGAACAAUACUUCAUGGUGGUGCAAAGUAUCAUGCUACUGGUAGAGGUUUUGUUGUUCGUCACAUAAAAUUUGCCGAAAAUUAUCGGCUCUAUUCUCGAAGCCACUUUGUGAAAGCGCUUGAAGUUGCUCUCCUCCUCAUUAUCUACAUUGCAUAUGGUUAUACAAGGGGCGGUUCAUCUUCCUUUAUUCUAUUAACUAUCAGUAGUUGGUUCCUCGUCGUGUCCUGGCUCUUCGCACCAUACAUUUUCAACCCUUCUGGUUUCGAGUGGCAAAAGACUGUUGAGGACUUUGAUGACUGGACAAAUUGGUUACUUUAUAAAGGUGGAGUUGGUGUAAAGGGGGAAAACAGCUGGGAAUCUUGGUGGGAUGAGGAGCAAGCCCACAUCCAGACAUUAAGAGGACGUAUCCUAGAGACUAUCCUAAGCCUCAGAUUUCUUAUUUUCCAAUAUGGCAUUGUUUAUAAGCUCAAAAUUGCUUCACACAAUACAUCUCUUGCGGUUUAUGGCUUCUCAUGGAUUGUACUUCUCGUUUUGGUGCUCCUAUUUAAGCUUUUUACUGCAACUCCGAAGAAGUCAACCGCCUUGCCAACUUUUGUUCGGUUUCUACAGGGCCUCCUUGCGAUUGGAAUGAUUGCAGGAAUUGCUCUACUUAUUGCAUUGACAAAGUUUACAAUUGCUGAUCUAUUUGCAAGUGCGCUUGCUUUUGUAGCAACUGGAUGGUGUGUUCUAUGUCUGGCUGUCACAUGGAAGCGCCUCGUGAAAUUCGUUGGGCUCUGGGACUCAGUCCGUGAGAUUGCUCGGAUGUAUGAUGCCGGAAUGGGUGCUCUCAUCUUUGUGCCCAUUGUGUUCUUUUCAUGGUUCCCCUUCGUAUCCACCUUCCAGUCACGUUUCCUGUUUAAUCAAGCUUUCAGCCGUGGUCUGGAGAUCUCCCUCAUCUUGGCAGGAAACAAGGCAAAUCAGGAGGCAUGAAAAGCCUAACCACCUAACCGCCUGGAUAUUUUUGUUGUAUAUUCUUGGAAUUGAUUAGUGGUACUUGAUUUGAACAACACCUUUGUACAUAACUGCCUGCCAUUUUAGGAGCAAAUUAUGUAUCCAAACUAACAGUGCCAUGCCAGUUUAGAUGUGAGUAUUCAUCUCUUGUUUGUAGCCGUAACGACCUGUAAUUUGAACAUUCCGGUAAUUUGGAUGCGACAAUUCAGAUAGCCUGAUUGCUGUAUUUGAGCAAACAA